GAGAGUUUCAAGGAGCACCGCAGUGGGCUCCUGCAGGACAAGAAUGCUGCUGGAGGACCUGGGGCUGGAGAGGAUGAGGAGGAACUUCCUACCUACAAGGAUGCCUUCCCACCUCUACCAGAGAAAGCGGCUACACCUGAAGGAACCCAGGAACCUGUCAACGCUUGGACAAAGAUUCGCCCCCUCAAGUCUUCUGUUAUCACCCAGGUUUUCCAUGUACCGCUGGAGGAGCGCAAGUACAAGGACAUCACUCAGUUUGGGGAAGGAGACCAAGCGAAGGUCUGUGUGGACAUCAUGCAGAAGACCGGCGCCCACCUGGAACUCUCCUUGGCAAAAGAUCAGGGUCUCUCCAUCAUGGUUUCUGGAAAACUGGAAGCUGUGAUGAAGGCCCGGAAGGAAAUCGUGUCCCGACUGCAGACUCAAGCUUCAGCUACUGUCGCCAUCCCUAAGGAGCACCAUCGUUUUGUCAUCGGCAAAAAUGGGGAGAAACUUCAGGAGCUGGAGCUCAAAACCGCCACCAAAAUCCAGAUCCCACGACCUGACGAUCCCAGCAACCAGAUUAAGAUCUCUGGUACGAAGGAGGGCUUAGAAAAGGCCAAGCAUGAGAUCCUGUUGAUCUCUGCUGAGCAGGACAAGCGUGCUGUGGAGAGGGUGAACAUCGAUAAGGUGUACCACCCCUUUAUUACUGGCGCCUACAACAAGCUGGUAGGAGAGAUGAUGCAGGAAACCGGUGCUCGCAUUAAUGUCCCCCCUCCAAGCGUUAAUAAGACUGAGAUCGUCAUCACUGGGGAAAAGGAGCAGGUGGCCCUUGCUGUGGCUAUGAUCAAGAAGAUCCAUGAAGAGAAGAAGAAGAGUACCACCACCAUCGCAGUAGAAGUGAAGAAAUCCCAGCACAAGUAUGUGAUCGGCCCCAAGGGAAACACCCUGCAGGAGAUCCUGGAUAGAACUGGUGUUUCGGUUGAGAUCCCACCUUCUGACAACAGCUCAGAAACUGUCAUCCUUCGCGGGGAGCCGGACCGUCUGGGUCAGGCCCUCACUGAAGUUUACGCCAAGGCAAACAGUUACACUGUUUCCUCGGUCUCGGCUCCUUCUUGGCUUCAUCGUUUCAUUAUCGGCAAAAAGGGGCAGAAUUUGGCAAAGAUCACCCAACAAAUGCCCAAGGUUCACAUUGAAUUUACUGAAGGAGAAGAUAGGAUCACUUUGGAGGGUCCAACCAAAGACGUACAAAUGGCUCAGGGUCAGAUUGAAGUCAUUGUUACAGAUUUGGUAAGCCGAAUGGACUACACAGAAAUCACUGUGGACCCUAAAUUUCAUCGUCACCUGAUUGGGAAAGCAGGCGUUAACAUCAACCGCAUCAAAGAGCUGCACAAGGUGACCGUCCGUAUCCCCCCUGACAACGAGAAGAGCAACCUCAUUCGUAUAGAGGGGGACCCCCAAGGUGUGCAGGAAGCGAAGAGGGAGCUGCUAGAGCUCGCGUCACGCAUGGAGAACGAGCGUACAAAGGACUUGAUAAUCGAACAGCGUUUUCACAGAGCCAUCAUCGGCCAAAAAGGGGAGAAGAUAAAGGAAGUGCGGGAUAAAUUUCCAGAGGUCAUCAUCAACUUCCCCGACCCAGCACAGAAAAGUGACAUCGUUCAACUCAGAGGCCCGAGGACAGAGGUGGAAAAGUGUUCCAAGUUUAUGCAGAAGAUGGUUGCGGAAAUGGUUGAGAACAGCUACUCUGUCUCCGUUCCAAUCUUCAAGCAGUUUCACAGAAACAUCAUUGGAAAAGGAGGUUCCAACAUCAAGAAGAUUCGAGAGGAAACCAACACAAAGAUCGACCUGCCUGCUGAGAACAGCAACUCUGAGAUGAUCAUCAUCACAGGGAAGAAGGCAAACUGCGAGGCUGCGCGCAGCCGCAUCUUGGACAUUCAGAAGCAGCUGGCUAACAUCACAGAACUGGACGUGUCCAUCCCCUCAAAGUUGCAUAACUCCCUGAUCGGGUCGAAGGGCCGUUUGGUGCGCUCUGUCAUGGAGGAGUGCGGUGGCGUGCACAUCCACUUUCCCACCGAGGGCUCGGGGAUUGAUAAGGUCACCAUCAGAGGCCCCGUGGAGGAUGUGGAGAAAGCAAAGCAGCAACUGCUUGCCUUGGCAGAAGAGAAGCAAACAAAGAGUUUCACUGCCGAGCUGCAUGCAAAGCCAGAAUACCACAAGUUUCUCAUCGGGAAAGGUGGUGGAAACAUCCGUAAGGUUCGUGACAGCACCGGAGCCAGAAUCAUCUUCCCCACAGCAGAGGACAAAGACCAGGAACUCAUCACUGUGGUCGGCACAGAGGAAGCUGUGCGCACAGCCCAGAGAGAGCUGGAGGAGCUCAUCAAAAGCCUGGACAACAUUGUCGAGGACACCAUGAACAUUGACCCCAAGCACCACCGCUACUUCGUGGCUCGCCGCGGUCAAGUCCUCAGGGACCUCGCCGACGAAUACGGCGGCGUGAUGGUGAGCUUCCCUCGCACGGGCUCUCAGAGCGAGAAGGUCACCCUGAAAGGAGCCAAAGAGUGCGUGGAGGCAGCCAAGAAGCGCAUGCAGGAGAUUACCGAGGACUUGGACGCCCAGGUGACCAUGGAGUGUGUGAUUUUCCAAAAGUUCCAUCGGUCCAUCAUGGGUCCCAAAGGCUCGAGGAUUCAGCAGAUCACCAGAGAUCACAAUGUGCAGAUUAAGUUCCCAGAGCGUGAGGACCCACAAGCGCCUCCUGCAGAAGCUCCUGUUCAGGAGAACGGAGAAGCAAACGGUGAAGUGAAGGAACCCGUUGAUCCAAAUGCCCCUAAAAAGUGUGACGUGAUUGUGAUUUCUGGACGUAAAGAGCGCUGCGAGGCUGCCAUGGAGGCGUUGAAGGCCUUAGUUCCAGUCACUAUUGAGGUGGAAGUGCCUUUUGAGCUUCAUCGAUACAUUAUUGGACAGAAGGGAAGUGGAAUUCGCAAGAUGAUGGAUGAAUUUGAGGUAAAUAUUCAAGUGCCUGCUCCUGAGCUGCAGUCUAAUAAAAUAGCAAUCACUGGCUUGGCCACCCACCUUGACCGUGCCAAAGAAGGCCUGUUGGAGCGCGUCAAAGAGCUGCUGGCCGAGCAGGAGAACCGGGCUCUCAAGAGCUUCAAGCUGACCAUCACUGUGGACCCAAAGUAUCACCCCAAAAUCAUUGGCCGAAAGGGAGCCAUCAUCACAAACAUCCGCACCGAGCACGAUGUGAACAUCCAGUUUCCAGAGAAGAAUGAUGAAAACCAGGAUCAGAUCACAAUCACAGGGUACGAGCAGAAUGCCAUCGCUGCACGAGACGCCAUCCAGGCCAUCGUGGACGAGCUGGAGGAGAUGAUCUCUGAGGACAUCACCCUGGACAGCAGGGUCCACGCCCGCAUCAUCGGAGCUCGAGGCAAGGGCAUCCGCAAGAUCAUGGACGAGUUCAAGGUUGAUCUCAGGUUUCCACAGAGCGGAGCUGCCGACCCAAACCAGGUGACGGUCAUCGGUCGCCCUGAGCACGUGGAUGAAGCCAUCGAUCAUCUCCUUAACCUGGAAGAGGAAUACAUGGUGGAUGUUGCUGAGAACGAGGCGAAGCAGGCGUACAUGAGGCCACCUAGCGGUAGCGCCGCAGCCAUGGAUGACCACCGGGGCCCAUCCAAAGGGUUUGUGGUGAGGGAGGCUCCCUGGACCACCGGCAACGAGAAAGCUCCUGACAUGAGCAGCUCUGAAGACUUCCCCAGCUUCGGAGCUCCAGUCCAAGCUAAGGCUUCCCCCUGGGGACCCAAGCGCUUCUAAGCCAUGCUGCUACAGAUCGGCCCUAACUUAAACCCGUAUCGAUCCUCCCUGUCGUCAUCAUGCCCCGCCUCCCCAUCCCCCCCAACACAAAGCUCUCUUUCCACCUCCUGACCUGGACUGAUCGCUGACCCUCAGAAUGUCCUCCAGUCUUGUCUCCAGACUCAAACUGAGUGAUAUUUAACCCUACAUAAGAUCACGACCUUGUGUUUAAACGUGUCAGGUGUUCCAGUUUUACAUGUUUAGCUCAGAUGCCCUCGUCGUGGUUGUUGUUUUGUUUUUUGUUUUUUUGAACUGUUAAAACCAAAUUCCGGUGGUCAGACGUCAGUAUUUUCGAGCUGCCCUGAUCUUAGUUGCCUUUUUGCAGGAAGUGGGGGGGUUAAAGGGACUCUAUUACUGCUGUUUCAGUACCAGCCCCCCCACCUCUCCACCCCCUCUCCUGCUUUAUCCAUGUAGCCGAGUGACACAUGUCCAAACCCUGGGCCCCCCUAAGCACACUGUGGUUGUCCUGUCCUGUUCUUCUAACCGUGCUUCUGUGAAUCAUGAUCAAAUCCUGGCACUUACCUUGUAGCCUUAUGAAUCUGUAAACUAGGGAGGGGUGUGUGUGGGAGGGGGGGUUAGCUUGCUGCAGAAUGACACCCACUCAAACUGCCAGAUGUUUGGAGAUCAUGCCAUACUUAAACUUUGUACAACACUAGGCUAGAGCUCCAGUGCAUCACCUCACACUAAUUGUUGAAUGGACCUUUUUUUUAAUUUUAUUUGUUAAAUCAAAUCACUCUACAGGGGAAAAAGACCUUUCUGUGCCAACUAUGUGUAGUGUUGUCCUGUUCUUCGCCCUCUGCAGUGGGUCAGUGUCCAGUCCUUUUGUCUUCCACUUGCUAUGCAGAUUGAUCUGUCCAAUAGCAAUGGUCCCUUUUUUUUGUUUUUUAAGUCAGCCUUAAAACUAGAAGGAUGCAAACCAGGCAGAAAUGACGUUGAGGUGCUCUUUAAGGAACGUUGUUCCUUCAGUUUUAAAAGCUUCUCGAACAUUUCUUCUGCACGUGUUGCAGCUUUCGUUGUUGCUUGGGAGUGCACGAUUAGCAUGCUAGCUACGAAGUCAUCACCCAGCGUCUGCCUGCCUUGGUUUAUAUCCUCCUGGUGUUUUGAAUGAAAAGGUUUAUGCAACUACCAACGGUUCUGGACAACACUAGGAAAAAAAAAAACAAUUGUCCAAAUAAAAUCCUAAAAAAAACUGAAA